CAGCCACCAGCAACAGCCGCCGUGUGGGAGGCAUGUUGGAAGGCAAAGCAAUCGUGGGCGAGACGGACAUGCUGCAGGCGAUGCAGCAGGACGCGUUGGAGCUGGCGGCUAAGGCACUGGACAGGUUUGAUGUGACGGAAGCGACUGACAUUGCUCGGUUCAUAAAGAAGGAAUUUGACAGGACACAUGGGGGAGGUUGGCAGUGCAUUGUGGGAACAGAUUUUGGGUCAUUUGUGACCCAUUGUUUUGGGUGUUUCAUAUACUUUUGUGUUGGAAGCCUUGCAAUUUUGCUGUUUAGGGGCUCUGAUGCCCCUCAACAACACCCUCACCCAACUCACUUCCCUGCUUCACAAACCCUCAAAGGCAACUCAUUGUAGUUCAACAAACACACUUAUAUAAGAAACGUUUUGUUCUCUCUAA